GACAUUCACUGGUGCUCGCAAUUGUGGUUGUAAUUUCCCUCUUCUUCUUGCAACAUUUGACGUUUGCAAUAAGAAGAUAAAAAAGCCUUACACACGCACGCUUCGGAUAUUAUUUGAAGUUGACGAGUAAUAGUGGCUUCCUAGCAUAUAGAAACGAAGCUUUUGCUGACCUCCUGGCCGUUUCGUUGCACUUUCCCCAGGCGGAUGACACAUUGGGCACUCAUGAAAUUCCAAUAGAGGAGCGGAGUUGGUGCGUAUAAAAGCACAGGCUCCAUUGCAGGACAUGACGACGCGUCAGGACGACGAGCUGGGGGGCGGUGGUGCAGAGCCUGCCCCCUUUCACGUCUUGCCUCACUCAGAGGAGGUUGCCACCUUCCUGGCCCACCAGCAACAGCAGCAUCAGCAUCAGCACCAACAGCAAAACCAAAACUACCUGAUCCACCCGCAGCAGCACGGUCAGGCGCCUGGGCCUCUGAUGUGGCAACCUCCACCGCACUUGGCUGCUCCCCAGUUUCCGUCACACCUUCAGCAGCAGCAGCCACAGCCGCACUUGUACAACGAGUAUCUGUACAACCUGGCCUAUUCCGGGCAGCCUGGCCAGCCGGAGACUUAUUCGGUGCUGCCCGUGGGGCACGGCAACUUUCUCAAGGUGUACCACUGCCCAGAGAGCCCAGGCGGCGAUGCCAGCGGCCCGCUUUUUACGCAUAUCAACAUGGCCUCGCUGAACCCCCAUCAACUGCAGCAUCCCCAGGCGGCCCCGCCGACUCCGCCGCAGCCGACACCGCUCUACGAACUUUUUGCGACGAAUCCUCUGAGUUUGCCGCAGGCUCAGGCUCAGCAACAAGAAGCCCAGCAGCGCCAGCCUCAGCCUCAGCAGGCGCAAACCCACACGCCCCAGGUCAUACAUUCGCCGAGCAGCGCCAACCUGCUGAUCAAUAAUCUGGUAAACAACUGGUCGCCCAACCUGACUGGCGGAAGCUAUAUCCAGUUCGGGGACGAGGGCAACGAGAAUGACGUCCAGCAGGCUGAGCCACCGCCAAUCCAGCAGCAACCAGCAACCAAGUCAAUCCUGCAGCAGCCGACGGAGCCAGUGACGCAACCCAUAAGCUCACUGCCCGCGGCCUCCAAGCCCGAGAAGCUCCUGAAAACGGCUUUGGCCACUGCCACCGUCGCACCAACUGCCAUUAACAAAUCGAGCGUGGCGGUGCCUGGUCAUCCCGAGGGCAAAAAACGCAUCGUGGCCGAGGUGAAGCCCAUGCCCAUGUCGUACUCUGAUGUGCUCAGCAAGGGCACAAAGUCGAGUGUGGAAGGCGGAGAGAUGCGUGCGGCUAACGGUGGGGAUUACAGUUCUCAACCGCAGCGGCGCCACGGUAAGGAGGAUGGAAAUGGAAAUCGUGAGAUGCGCACGGCGAAGCGGUCGCCGAUGCACGAUGCCAAGGAGAUGGGAUCAUUGGGGAACAGUGUAGGUCAUGCGCACGCCAGCCGAAACAAGAAGCGAGGCCAAGGCAACCAAGCUGCGCCGCUUAAACUGCAACCACCCCAGGCUCAGCCCCUUCAGCAAUCUACUCCGCACACGCAGAUCAAAUCCAGCAAGCCGAUCAAUCCCGAAAAAAAGCGUCCCCUUCAGCCGAAGAACUUCAACAGCAACAGCAACAGCGUCAAGACUGCGGAUCAAAAGACUGUCUUGGCAUCGGUGCCCAGCAACAUUAGCUUGCAGAACCACAGCAAUGGCAGCAAUUCAACUCCGGCCACCAAUUCUAGCACGUCAUCACGUAAAUCAGGCGGUAACAAAUCCAGCGCCAACGCUAGCCACUCGAAUCACAGCGGAGUAGCCUCCAAUCUAGGUAGCACCAUCAACUACUCCAACAACAACAACAAUGUUAGUUCCUCUUCGUCCAAGCGGUAUUCCUCGUCGAAUGUGAAUCUUAACUCGAAUAACAGUUCUGGCUACUCCUACUCCUCGAAGCGCAAUCGCAGCAAUGCCUACUCCUCCUCGUCCAACUCACCCACUCAUGCCAAUAACUUUGCAAGCAAUCGAAACUACGAGCUGGCCAAACGUAUUCUGCACACCUGGUGGAUCUACACGCUGAAAUUGCUAACCUGGCUAUUCUAUUUGGUCUACGAUAUCGUAGUGCUGGGCUUCAGUAUGGCCUGUGAGCGGAUGUCGCUGGCCUACGUGGCCGGAUUGGCCUAUGCGCGGCAGCUGCAUAAGGAACUUAAACAGAACUCCGGCAAGCCGAGCAUUUGGUGGCGAAGUUACUGGCGUCGGUUCGACGCCCGCUUUGCCAAGAACUCGCGCUGGGCCGUGUGGCGGCGAUUCUACAAACGAAAACCUCCCGAACCCACGCAACAGUUCAAGACUGGCCGCCUGCCACAAACGGGCGAAGAGGCCAUGUACUCGCUGCUGAAUUGCAAGGGAAAGGAUGCAUACAGCAUACUUGGUGUCCCACCAGAUAGCCCACAGGAACAGAUCCGUAAGCAUUACAAGAAGAUUGCCGUGCUCGUACAUCCCGAUAAAAACAAACAGGCCGGUGCUGAGGAGGCUUUCAAGGUGCUUCAGCGCGCCUUCGAGUUAAUCGGAGAACCGGAGAAUCGCCUCAUUUAUGACCAAAGUAUCGCCGAGACUCUACACGCUGAGAAGGCGUGGACAGAGCUGCACGACCUGCUCUCCCAACUGCAAACCAAAAUGGCCGAGGCAGCCAACACCAUAAGAUGCAGCACCUGUGCCCAGCGGCAUCCUCGCAAGCUAACCGAACGGCCCCAUUAUGCGGCGCGGGAGUGUGCCUCCUGUAAAAUACGGCACUCUGCCAAAGAUGGCGACAUUUGGGCCGAGACCAGCAUGAUGGGCUUGCGGUGGAAAUACUUGGCGCUAAUGGACGGCAAGGUCUAUGAUAUAACCGAGUGGGCCAACUGCCAAAAAGGAGCUCUGUCACAUUUGGAACCUAACUCGCACAUGGUGCAGUAUCGCAUAGUGCGUGGGGCUCAGCAGCAACAACAACAACAGCAGCAGCAACAGCACCACCAGCAACCGCAGCAACCACAUCACGACCGGGGAGCUCAUCAUCCAGGCGCGGGAGUCAGUGGUGUUAGCGAGGCUACAUUGCACGAGUUCUUGGACAAUUUGUACAGCGGCCAGCAUCCGGGAGCUCCAAACGCAUUCGCCGGAAAUACGAGGCGGCGUACCCGACGCAACUAAGCAACUCGGAAAUAGUUUUAAGUGUUUUAAAAUCUCUUACAUACAGUAAUAAUCCACCCAAUGUGUCGCCGCCGGCUGCAGGGCCUAACUCACUCUGAAACAAAGCACGUAUGCAAAAGAAACUGGGCACUCAUAUUCCCCAUUUUAACUGCAUUAACUUCAACACGUCUUUCAUUCAGGUCCAAUGUUGUUAAGCUUAUGAGCCAUAUUAACCUGUCCAAGCUGUAUAGUUCACAUUUGCUAUAAACGAGGUCGUGAAAUAGUUUGACUUGACACAUUGAACUGCAUAAUCGCCUACCUACUAGACUACAUCUAUGUUUUAUCUUCUGUUUAUGCCUCUAUUUUACUACUUUCACGCCUAGCUCUUAGAAGAACUUUAUUUUUAAGCUUUAAGUUUACUAUCCCCCGUCAAUUUCCAAGCGAAUGCGAUGGCACACAUGUAAAAUCUAACACAUCCAAAUAAAACAAAAAUUAAUGUUAAUAAACAAUAUUAAACGCAAAAACCA